AACCUAGAAGAAACAAUAACAAAACAAUAGUGACGACGGAUUCGCAGUAUUGUACAUUUUCCAGGGAAAAUCAUGGAAAAAGCAGAAAGUACCAUUCCUAAUCCACGGAGAAAGAUCCUCCAGAUGGCCAUCUCGAGUAUUCUGGCUGAAACAGGCUUUGAUUCAGCCGACAAGGAGUGUUUGGAGACAAUCUCAGAAAUGUGUCAGAGCUUACUCUCAGAGAUUGGCCAAUCUUCCCGGAAUUACUGUGAAUUGUCUGGGAGGACAAUUCCCGUGAUUGGAGACGUUGUAAUUGCCCUGAUUAACAUGGGAAUCUCCAUUCAGGGUCUUGAGGCAUUUGCAAAGCGCGAGGGAAGGUACGUAGUUCCAACGCCACAGCAGGUUUCAACACAGAAGCAACUGAAUCUCCUCCAGGCGGGAACAAAGAAUCCCCAUCCGUCGCACAUUCCCAACCAUUUGCCCGCCUUGCCGGAUCCACACGCCUACAUCCGGACGCCGACGCACAAGCAGCCAGUGACGGAGUAUGAGGCUAUCCGGGAGAAGGCAGCCACACAGAAGAAGGACAUUGAGAAGGCCCUGACAAAGUUCCUGGCCAAGACGAGUGAGACGCAGAGUUUGUUCAAUGUGGAGGACAAUGUCUUCCCCCUGAUUGCCUGCAAACCCGCACAUCCAUCCUACCUCGCAGCACUCAAUCCCACGGAUCAGGUGUUUGAUUUCGAGGAGCUGGAGUACCACUACCAGGUGGCUAAUCGCACAGAAGACGUCCCGGCGUCCACAAAGGAAGAGGAUGACGAUGAGGAGGAAGAUGGCGAAGGGAAGGAGCAGAAGGAGAUUAAAACGGAAGAAGUGGAAGCAGAGCCGACGCCCAGUCAGGCUAAUAAUCCCAACAUUGAUAAUCCCUACCUGAGGGCAGCUAUUGUGCCCAAGAGGAUUAAAAUGUCUGAUCCAGCGCGGGAAUUUGACCCAUAAAACUGCCGGAAUUGAUGGAGAAAUAAAAAAAAGUAUUUAUAAUGGGAA